GCUCGGGAGAAGAGAUGUACGUACCAACCCUUUUGAUUCGCCAUGGCCGCCUUCCGCCUCCUCUUCCUCGUCCUUUCCUGCGUCGCCGCUGGCUGCAACAGUGUUGUCGCUGUCGCGGUCGACGACCAGCCGCUGCCGCAGCAGGAGUUCUGCAUGGCGUCGUCUUCUUCUUCGUGCCCGGAAGCUGCCGUCGACGCUGAGCCGCUCAAGGAGGAGACCAGCGUGAUGUACAAGGAGAAGGCCAGCUCGUUCUUCAGACAUGAUGGUCGCACCAUCAAGGUCGACUUCGUACUCCCCGCCAGCAACAGCAUAGCCGCCGCUGGGGACGAGGACCUGCAGCUGCGGCAGGAAGCCAUGGCGCAGGCCAUUACGGUCCUCUCCCGCUACAGCCCAGAGACCACCGACCAACAGACGCUCAAGCGGGCGAUGGGGGUGGUGAACCUCGAGGCUCAGCGGUGGAAGCCCAUCUUCAGGGCCGUCAACAGGGUGCUGGAGAGCGGCGCCGACGAUCGCACCAAGGAGGAGGCGUUCGCCCAGGCCAGGGUGCAGCUCAACCGCGACCUCGGCCAAGAAGGUCCCAACGCCCUCAAGCUCGACUUCCGCUUUCUGUGACAUGCAUCGCCAAUUCGCCACCUCUGCCUUAAUUUCUCUUUCGGCCUUAGCGCGCCCUAGAUCUCUGUGGUGUUGUUAGUCGUGGGACGCUCCCGUCCGUGCGCUGCGGCUUGUCGCAGUUGUCGGAGCUCCACCAUUAUUUUCCUUGGAGUUCGUUCGUCAUUGUGUUUGCAUUUCUUAGUCAGCGAGGUGGUUAUUUUCUUACUCUA